UAAGAAUGGAAUGAGAACGGGGAGGCAUAUGCAAUAAAAAAAUAAAAAAUAAACGCACGAUUUGUUGCUCUCUGCUAAUUAAGAAGCAACGUGCAAACAUAUACGGGCUCCUCGGAAUGUUAUUAUGUUUUAAGUCAAUUAUUAAAGGAAUGCUGCUUUUUGUCUUGUUGUCAUUGUGCUCUAAAAGGUCUGGGAGGUCGUGGGGUCAGUGGACAGCGUUUUUUUUCCACUUCACCUAUUCUUGCAGAGAGGACCGAAGAGAGAAACCGAUUGCAACCACAAACUAGGUGUGGUGGCUAAGGUUGUCGUUUGGGGCUUUAAGGAAGCAAGGCCAUAGAAUGCUGGUGAGUUACAGUAGCAGCUCCGAGGAUGAAAGCGAUUGUUUUAUAGUUCAAAGAAAACGAUCAAGCAACGUUACUUGCCACGGCGAGGGCUCGCGCUUCGACAAGAGAACCAAAGUCGAGUCUGUAAACAGCGAUGAUAGUAAUGAGCAAAACAAAGAAUCCCUACCUGAAGGAGAGCACGGUCGCUUACCUGUGCCCGAUACAGUCCUGCAUAUGUUCCGUGAGGAGCCGUGGGUUGACGACAGCGCCAAUCACGGAGGACGGUGCCGAUCUUUUCAGCAUGAGCGGGGGAAUUGGGCCACAUACGUUUUCCUGCCGUACACGCCAGACGAGGUAUUUCUGGAGUUGCUGGAUGAGAUGACAGCCCUGGCUAGAUCCCUAGACGUUCCCCUGACCCAUGCCGAGGAGUUCCACAUCAGCCUGUCCCAGACAGUAGUUCUGCGACACCACUGGAUACAGCCUUUUGUGCAGUCCCUCAGAAGCAGCAUGGCAGACAGCAAGGGGUUCUUCUGUUUGGCUCAGAGACUGAAUGUGUACUCAAACAGCGACAAGACCAGGACAUUUCUGGGCUUGGAAAUCUCCAUUGGACAUGCUCAACUUGUCGAGUUGACUAAAGUGAUUGACAGAACCAUGGAGGAGUUCCGCCUCACAACAUUUUACCAGAACCCUUCCUUCCACGUGAGCCUUGGCUGGUGUGUUGGUGACCAGAUUGCACAGCUCAAGUCAGCAUGUCUGCCACAGCUGCAGAAUCUUUUGGAUCACCAUGAAGAAGGACCCUUCCGGCUGGGGAUACACUGUCAUGAGCUGCGUUGCAAGACUGGAAACAAAGUCUUCUCCAUUCUUUUGCAGUAAUGCUAAUAAUCACAACCUAAACCAUACUAAUUUCCCUAGCUGUUACAGGUUAAAAUUCUUUAUUUUUAAAGUAAAGUAAAUAAAUCAACUGUAUUUUCCACAAUAAACUGAAUACGAUUUUGAAUGGAA